UCAAUAUAGUUCCGCUAGGUAUUGUUUAUCUAGACUAAGCGGCGACUGUACUAAAUGCCUUUUUCUUUCAUCGACACCUGCGUGGGGCUAAUGAAAUAGCUCCUGGUGAUUGUGAAAUACUGUGACUAAAAAUAGAUCGGAACAUGCGCAGUCUACAAAGACGCUACGCUAUGACAGUCAUUUCCUUACUAGAUGUAGAUCAAGGUCGGGCACAUCAUGGAGAAUGGCGGCUUCUAUAUGAUGAUAGUGACAAGAUCACAUGUGAGCUUUAUUGUCACCAUGGAUACAGCAUUAGUGGAUGCAACGUCAUCACAAAGUCAGCAAAUGGUCACUGGAGUCAUGACGUACCAACAUGUGAAGAAGAAUCAUCCUUUUUUGUUUCGACACUUGUGAAAACGUCAUGCAAACUUGCAAACUACGCACCUAUGUAUGUGCUUGAAUAUAUGGGAUUUUCUAAAGCAGGGAUUGUGAAGAAGUCAAUCGCUGCAAAAUUGAUGAAAUGGCUGAAAACUGUGAAAAAGAACAGUUUAUUCGCAAAGAUACAAAGCUAUAUGAUGAAAGGCGCUUAUCCAAUUGAAAUCCUAGAUGACAUAUGUAAAAAUCUGGCAGAAUAUUUUAGUAGGAAGCAGAAUUGUGAACAAAAAACUGAAUUGUGAACCCCAAGAGGAAAGAAAUGUAACUAAAAUCAGAUGUGUGAACGGAAAGCAGAAUUGUUAACCAAAAUGCAUGAAUGGCUGAAUUGUGAAAGAAAAACAGUUAGUUCUGAACAUUUGUUCUUUAAUAUUAUAAAUUUCAGUCUAAUACAUGUACAAAAGUUUAUAAAGCAUGUAUAUAUA